UAUCUGGGGUUUUCCGGAGGGAACAGUUUACAGUUGUAAUUGUGAGAAAGACGAGAGAGUAAGCGAAUCAUGGCGGCGAUAGGAGCAGCACCAGUUAUCAACACCGCUGGAAACGCCGGAACAAUGGUGGUGGAGUGGCAUCAGCGACCUCCUAACCCCAAAAAUCCCAUUGUGUUCUUCGACAUCACCAUCGGUUCGAUUCCUGCUGGUCGCAUCAAAAUGGAACUUUUCGCCGAUAUUGCCCCCAAAACCGCCGAGAAUUUUAGGCAGUUCUGUACAGGAGAAUACAGGAAAAAUGGAUUGCCUGUUGGAUACAAGGGAUGUCAGUUCCACAGAGUGAUCAAGGAUUUUAUGAUUCAAACUGGGGAUUUUCUGAAGGGUGAUGGUAGUGGGUGUGUUUCUAUCUACGGGACAAAGUUUGAGGAUGAAAAUUUCAUUGCAAAACACACUGGUCCUGGGUUGUUGUCAAUGGCAAAUAGUGGACCAGGGACUAAUGGAUGCCAGUUCUUUGUUACCUGUGCAAAAUGUGAUUGGCUUGACAAUAAGCAUGUGGUAUUUGGGAGAGUGCUAGGAGAUGGUCUUUUGGUUGUCAGGAAAAUUGAGAAUGUAGCCACAGGACCAAACAACCGCCCUAAACUUCCAAUUGCUAUCUCUGAAUGUGGGGAAAUGUAGAAAAUUGGAGUUUAAUAGCUGGCUAUGGUCAUCUCAAUCAUCUGCUGACUUGGAUGUGUGCUUGUGUUUAUAGAAAAAGAGGAAAAUCAUUCAAAUUGAAGAUGUUUAAAAAACAGGAUUCAUGACUCAGGCCUACGGGAGAAUCUAAUGCCCCCCUUGCAAGUUGCGAUUGUCUGUCAGGAUUAGGGUCACUUAGGCAUUCAGUAUAAAUAUCUUGCUAAUCUUUGUUGUAAAACAUUACUGUUUACUUUCUGACCUGUGUAAGAACGAAUGCUAGAAGUUGUGUUUUGUAGUUCUUACUGUCCUGCUGAAAAAGGAGAAAGCAAUUAUAGAGUGA